UUUAAAUUAUAAAAAUGGAUGAUAAUAAUAGCAUCUCUUCAAUGAAUAGUUCAAUAUAAACUACUAGUAUAGAUAUCACUAUUUCAAGUUAAGUAGAAUAUAAUAUUGAUAGGUAGUAUUGAAAUAAAGAAAUAAGAAAAUAAGGAAUAAUACAUCUAAGCAUUAGAUAGAAUAUUUUUAUUACUUUAGAAACAUAAGUUUACCAAAACUAAAUUCUUGCUGGCAAAACCUGAAAUUAAAAUAAAGGGAGGUAGAAGUAUUUGGCUAAAUUACUCAAAUAUAUGCAAUUAAAUUAAAAUGAACUCUGUGUUUGUAAAUUAAUAUUUCAAAGCUUAAUUAUAUUCUUAAUUGUAUUCAAAAAAUAAUAAUUUAGGUUAAUACAAAAAGAAAAAAUGAUUAUCAUUGGAUAUAGAAUUAAAACUAAAGUAAUUGAGUCUUACCUUAUUGAAUUUUUAAGUAUUUAUAUAUCUCUAAAAGUAGAAGAAUAUUUGAUUUGUUAAUAAUGUAAAAUUGCAGAGACAAAAUUAGUGAAAGAUCGAAAAACCAAAUUAAUAAGUAAGGAAUGUAGAAUUUGCAAAGCUACUUGUACUGUAAAUGGAUCAAAAUUUAAAUAUUUUAAGUUUCCUUGA